AUGCCAACUCAAGGCGGUUUGAUCAAUACAACGCCCCUCGCGAUUCAGUACGACCGAGCAUUGCAAGACCCAUAUGAGGAUUCUACAAUUGGCCUUUGGAAUCGUCUUCUCAACGCGUACUUUGACAACAAUAGCUGGAUUGUGACUCCUCAAAAGUGCCAGGAAACAAACACCAGGCCGGACUUUGUUAUUGAAAGGUUCUGGGCAAAUAAUUCAUUCAUCGAAGUGAUCAUCAUCAAAGCAAAGCCUCAACAGCAAACUAUGAGGCAGGAUCAUCAGACAGAUGAGCAGGUACUCAGUUACACCCUGAAUGCCCUUCAUUCAGGCCAGCAAAAAGGUCAAAGAAAGAUAUAUGCUCUGCGGGUGGUUGGCGUGUACAUCAUGGCAUAUAAGGUGUCAAUCAAUCAACCGUCACUGACACCAAUGGCAUCGGAUUACAUGAACCCAAAGCAACAUGUGGUGGCGAUUUUACAAAUCUUCAAUACUAUCAAAGCUGCUAAUGUUUUAGUACCAUGA